GUUAAUGCAGCAUCCUCUUUCCCACACAGGAUAUGAUAUGAUAUUUGGAGCUCAUCAUAGUGUGCCAACAACCACUCCAAAGGAACCACCUCACAACCUCUGUUCUUGAAGCGAGGGGACCAAGCGAAUAAGCGAAUAAUCCUUCUCUUUUCCACGAGAGGUACGAUCCAGUAGCGGCCGGCGAUGUCGGCGGGUGAGGGGAAGAAGACGGCGUGCGUCACCGGAGGGAGCGGCUACAUCGCCUCAGCGCUCAUCAAGCUGCUGCUCGAGAAAGGCUAUGCUGUCAAGACGACCGUCAGAGACCCCGAUGACACGGAGAAGAAUUCCCACCUCAAGGACUUGCAAGCACUUGGCCCCUUGGAGAUCAUCCGUGCCCGACUGGAUGAAGAAGGCAGCUUCGACGACGCAGUUUCCGGCAGCGACUAUGCCUUCCUCGUCGCCGCUCCGAUGAACAUCGGCUCAGCAGAUCCUGAGAGAGAUAUGAUCGAGCCGGCCGUCCAAGGAACACUCAACGUGAUGAGAUCGUGCGUGCGAGCGGGGACGGUGAAGCGGGUGAUCCUGACGUCGUCGGACGCCGGCGUGUCCAGGAGGCCGCUGCACGGCGGCGGCCACGUGCUGGACGAGGGCUCCUGGUCCGACGUCGAGUACCUCAAAGCCAACAAGCCACCAACUUGGGAAUACGCAGUGUCCAAGGUGCUUCUAGAGAAGGCGGCGAGCAAAUUUGCGGUGGAGAACGGCAUCAGCCUCGCCACCGUACUGCCAGUGUUCACCUUGGGCGCGGCGCCGGUCUCCAAGGCCAGGACCAGCGUCCCCGUUACCCUCUCCCUGUUGUCUGGCGAUGAGACACAGCUGCACAUUCUGAUAGGCCUGCAGUCGGUCACCGACUCCGUGUCGAUAUGCCACGUGGACGACCUCUGUCGUGCCGAGGUGUUCAUAGCCGAGAACGAGUCCUCGUCGGGCAGGUACAUCUGCUGCAGCCACAACACCACCGUCGUGCAGCUUGCCCGUCUUCUGGCCGAGAAGUACCCACAAUACAACAUGAAACCCGAACGCUUUGCUGGGUCCCAAGAGCAGCCGAGAGUGUGUCUAUCGUCUCAAAAGCUCAUCAGGGAAGGGUUUGAGUUCAAGCACAACGAUCUAGGUGAGAUCUUCGACGAUCUCGUCAAGUAUGGCAGGACCACAGGGAUUCUUCCCUACUGAUAUGUAUACAUAUCGGUUCGUCGAUGGAUAUGUAAUCGCAACAAAACAAUAUCCUCCCAAAUAAGCAACAGCUAAGGUUUAUUUA